AUGGUUGUCCCCACCAACUCUGCAACUAGUGCUAGCUCAGCCAAUGCAGCUAAUUUGACUACCACUGCUAAUGAACUCGAAGAUUUUGAAGCCUACCUCGAGUCUGAUUUCAACGCCGUUAAAUUCGCCGGUGACAUUCUUUCCAUCUCCAACGGUUCCGAAAACCCAGAGCUUGAUCUUGCUACGCCUCUAAAGAAACUUAAAUAUGAUUUGAAUGAACUUGAGAAGCGAAUGAAAUCCAUUUCAUCGUCAAACUACGACUCUCUCAUUAAGAAUUUUUCUGAGAUUGAACAGUAUAGAAAAGUCACACAGGACCGGAUCAACCCUGCUCUAAAGCAAAUCAAUAAACCAUUUGAGAAAAUCAAACAUGAAGUGAUUGAGCCAUAUGAAAAAGCUGUUAAGCUAAAUAAUGCAUUGAAGAAAAUGUGUACUACUGUGCUGUUGCUACGGAGCGUUGGUUUUUUCAUUUUAAUAAUACAGCAACUAGAAGAAGUGCAAUCAAUGCUACUGAGCCUGGGUAGGGUGCAGAGUGACAGUGGAGAUGUCAUAAAGCUAAGUCGAUUGCAUAAUCAAUUGCAGAGUUUAUAUGAAGAACUGGCGAAGGAGAGUGGGAAAGACACUAGCGCUUUGAGUAUAAAACUCGUACGAGAUUAUCGAACUACAGCAGACACUAGGAGACAAAUACUCAUUCAGGAGUGUUCAAACACAAUAGGUACAGAGUUGGGUAAAGUUACUGGUUUGCAUAUCAAGAAUACCAAGUUAUACAACUCUUUACAAGCAUUGUACAUUUUAACUUCAAAAGAGUUUUUCAUUGUGUUUGACAAGUCGAGUAUUCAAAAACAAGUGACACUUAGCACUGGUCAACUAUCCAAAGCAUUGCAAUCCCCUAGGAAUUUUACGUCAAUCUUGAUGGAAACCAGGGAAAGCGCAAUGGCUUAUUUUGAUAAAUUGACAGACUUGUUGCGGAACUGGAAGUUUCAUGUUCAUGAUGACACAGUGCCCAUUACCCAAAUUAUACUAAUGGAAUUCAAAGUAGAUGCUUUUUCUAAAAUUUACUGGCAGCGAUUGGCUCAACAAUUUAAAAGAAAUAUAGUAGCUACAAUGGCAAGAGGCGGGCCAAUUUCUAAGAACUUGAAGGUAUAUAGUCAGGGUUUGAAAACCGCGGUUGCAGAAAAGAUUACCAAUGAGUUGGAGAAGACUUUGCUUUUAGAUGCCUUGACCAUGAUUGAUUAUCAAUAA